GGGGCAAAUUCGGCACCAGGCUCAGCUGCCCCUCUACUCAAGCCCAGAGGACCAAGGCGGGACAAUGACCCCAUGGAGCCCCAUCCUCAAACAGAGUAAACAAAGCCAGAAACCCAGAUUCCUUGUCAAAUAUGCUCAUUUAUACGGAUGGCCAACAGAGAGAAAAGGCAGAGUGUAUCUGGUACUGACUGCACUGGUAGUAUGGGACAUGUACCUUCCAAACAAUCUGCACUCUCCAAAGAGAAGCAGCCCACUCUUACAAACACUGUCCAUUCCAGGCAGUUCGGGGAGACAGAGAUGUUGAAUAGCACUCAGGAAGCUACCACUUUAAACAUGCACGCACAAACACGUUCAUCCAUCCACCCAACAGGUAGCUAAUAAACGCUCCUUUGUACCAGAUGCCAUGCUGGGCACAGAGGGAAGACUAAAAGUGGUCCCUGUCCUCGCUGACAGUCAACAUGUGGGGGAGGAACAGGUUCAGAUUAUAGGCCCAGGACGCACAGGAAGAUGUGAGGGGGGGAGGAACCCACACUGGGGACAGAGGACUUCUUGGACUAACACAUACAGCAUUGAUACCUCUCACUGACUGAGCUCCACCCAGGCACUUAACUGAGGCACACUCACUUCUGGAAGCCUCCUGACAACCUCAUCAAGAAAGCAGUCCUAUCUCAAGUUUAGAAAACCAGUUGAGGGACGGGGUGGAACGGGUCAUUGGGGAGAAAAAGGGACAUCUGUAAUAUUUUAAACAAACAUAAAAUUUUUUAAAAUAAUAAAAAAGAGGAAAAAAAAGAAAACCAAUUGAGACCAGUAACCUGGUUAUAAACCUGGCUCAAAGUCACACAGCUGAAAUAUGGCAGUGACAGCAUUUGAAUCCAGCAUCCUGCCUCCAGAGCCCAUGUGUGUGACCAAUACAAUUAGCACUGGUAGGAAGAGCCAUUCAUCUUCUCCAGAACAUCUGAUGUUAGUAUGGCCAGGCUCUGGUAAAUGGGGGGUUUUCUUAUGCUGUCACCCACACAACAGACAGCUGGGGUGCUGGGCACAAAAGUGAACCUGUAAUGGGUGUCUAGUUACAAGGUAGCCUGGUGCCUCCAGCAAAAAAAAGACUCCCUGAAGUUUGGUCACGACAGGGACUUGAUAAGGUCUAUGGAAUGCCUGCCAUGAACCAGCCUCUGAAUCCUGUGUACAGGGCAUGGUCACCUUGGGCCAUGCUCAUUGGAAAGCACCAAACUUUCCCUCUCUCCAAUAACCUGGACAAAUCAUGAGGCUGACUCCAAAACAGCCUAUCACCUUGGCUGAGCAACAUCUUGCAGCCAGGUCUGGUUUCACCUGUAUCUUGCUCUCCACAGCCUAGCAGGACCUGUAAUCACCCUACUGGGAUUUCAAGUGAGUGCGGAUGUGACUCUGAAAAUUGAUAUUUCCACAAAUGACACCCAAUGCGUCAGCCUCCAAGUCCAGGACAAAGACAUCAAGGCCAAGAAAGUGUACCUUCAGUUGGUGAAGACGUACGUGAGACCAUUUUUCUCAUUUUCUGGAUCAAUGGGCCUGUGUGCCAGAAUGUCCCCACUGGUACACGGGGGGGGACCCUCACAGAUUAGCUCAGCCAACCUAGUGGUUUCAAUGAUCAAUAAACAGAGCCCAGAGAGGGGUCUCUGCUUAAGAACAGCCCAUUAUGUUUGAGAACAACCUUCCCUCACUUGGCCUGCUUCUACCUACUAAGCACACUUUUGAAUUUUGUUCUUGUUUUUGGCAUAGCAAUGCAUUCACCUAGAUCAAAAUUCAAAAGAUACAGAAAGCCAUACAUUGAAGUCUCCUGCCCACCCAUGUACACCAGCUGGCUAUAUACUCCCUAGAAGUAACCCAUGAAUCCAGUCCCUUUUGCUGCCUUUCAGAGAUAUUAUUUGCAUUGCCAGCAAAUAUGCAUGAACACACACACACUGAAAUGGGCAGACAGUAUAGACGCCUUUUCACUCCAAUUGUUUCACGUCAAAAACUGUGUCUGAAAUUAGUUGCAUCAGAAAAUAGCUUCUUCUUAUGUUAAAUCUACCUAGAACUCCAUUAUGAACAUGCACUAUAAUUUACUUAACCAGUCCCUUAUCAAAGAAUAGUGUUUUUUUCCAAUUAUUAACUUUGUGCCCAACUCCAAUUACUAAGGCCCCACACACAUCUGCUCACCAAAGUGCACACUGUUUGAAGGAUAAACUCCUCCAUGUGGGAUGCUGGGUCAGAUGUCUGGCCUUUGGUAAUUUUCCCAGGUAUCCUUGCAUCUCCCUUCAUGACUCUAACUGAAGAUGAAAGGGCUCAGGGGGUUGCAAAUUUUAAGCAGCAGGACAUCACUGCAGCUGUAUCAUCAAUGGAUGGGGUAUCUCCAAUGUUGGGCAAAAUCCAGAAAUGCAAAAUCACACAGCUCUCCACAUGUAUCUUUCCCAGGGUCACAGAUACUUUGCCUCUCCCUCUCCCUCUGCCCUUGGAUGACAUCAUUCCUCAACUGCUGACAGUUAGCAUGAAAGAGGAAGUAAGUCAGAGGAAAGGGGAGGGCACCACCGAAAAAGACUAUGUUGCUGGGGGGAAGGCAGGAAGAAGCCCUUUCCUCAGAUAUGGCCUGAUGCUGGGAGACAAGAGGGAAGGACACAUCGGCCUUCAGGGGUCCAGGGGCUAAGGGAUGCAACAUGCCCUCUGGCACAAAAGGCCUCAGCAGCAGGAUAGGACAAUGCCCCAGGCUGGGGAGGGACAGGAUGAGUUCUGCCAAAAAGAAGCCCAGGAAAUAGAAGAGAGAGAAGGGAAGGAGGGCAGGGGAAAAGGGGAAGAGGAAGCAGGGUGAGGAGACGGGCGGCCUGCUGCAUUUCCUCUGCAAAGCUAACUGGUGGUUAAUUCACAGAUGAAAGAAUCCAAAUCAUGUGACAUUGAUCUCAGUGAUUUCACCGAAUGCAAGAACUCUACGUCUGGCUUGUUCAACUACGAAGUUAAAAGCCUCCAGCUGUCUGAAAGAGGUCUUUCCAUCUUCUACUGUGCCUCCUUUAAUGGAAAAGUCCUUCUGCCUAGAAGUCCCCUUCCUCCAGAUCCUAACAAUGCCAACAUCUCCGUAACUAUGUCUAGCACAAUGCUCAGGGAAAUCAUCACUCUCAGUGCCAAAGAGAGCUCCAUCCAGAUGAAUGACCUCAGUGCGUAUAUCACCAAAGUGCUCUACUCCAGCCUGCCAGACAACAAAGUCCAAGCCACCUACUGGGUCGGCGUGAAUAAGUAUAAUGAGAGCUUCGCCCAAGGGCAAACGAAGAUACUCGUCUCCUAUGUAUGCAAGAUCUUAGAAGACAAAUUGGUAUCAAACAUCAACAUUGAAAGCUUUGAACACAGCAUGAUACCCCCUGACUCUAUGGACGAGCUAAACAAUGUGAUGUCUGCAGUCAUGACGAAAUUUAUAUCUACCAUCAUUGAAAUGUCCAGUCUAUGGAAUACUCCACCAGGAAUAACCUCGAAUCCUCUAAACAAUGCCAAGGCUGAACUACUUAAAUCGAGAGACCUUCAGGCAGCAAACUAAAUCCAGCACACGUAAUGCCAGAGAAUUUUCGAGAAUGAAAGCACUCUGAAACUUCUCUGAAGAAAUAUGGAGCCAAGGACAUCCUUGUGAUUAAGGAGCCAAGUUGAAUGGUGUUCUGGACAUGUCAACUAUUCUUUGGAAUUUCACCAAUGUUACCUUGAAUUAACAAGUGCAAGAAAAUCAGGAAUGGGGUUUGGGGCACUUUGUAAUCAUCUCUUUAAUAAUUAUCUUGUUUUCAUGCAGAAAAUGACUCACUUGUCUUCAAUUUCUACAAUAUAGGAGUUUCAUUGUAUGUUUAUGAUAAGUAAAAGCACUACUUACUAGGGACAAAAAAAUUAAUAAUAUGAAUGAUGAGGCAACAAAACCCAGGAUUAAUUUAUCUAGGGCACUAGUAGACAAUCAGGACAACGGUUAAGACUCUGUCCCCAUGUCUCUGCCCUCCCCUCUCCAACUCCAAGUGCUUUCGUUUGCCCAUUGGCCCAACAUGAAUAUCACACGGGGGCUAGAAUCCAACCUCCCAUCAUCACAGGAUACACAUCGAGAGGCACAUUCCAAAGGCCAAACGCUACAUAGAACAGAGCAGGUAACAGCCUGGUGAAGCCAUAAAAACUGUGCGCAGGGUCUCAAGAUUAUACUCAGUGAAUGAAGUCAUACACAGAAGAUAACAUAUUGUACAAUUCAGUUUAUAUGAAAUAUUCAGAAUAGCUAAAUGUGUAGAAACGUAAUACGAAGUCAUGGACGCCAGGAGGACAAAGAGUAGGUAAGUGGGAAUAACUGCUUCCGGGGAAGGGGUUUUAUUUUGGAGUAAUGGAAA